GUCCCGUGACUAAUUUCAUUUGAAUUUGAGCACAAACCUCUAGAUGUUUCCUGUUUCGAGCUACCCCUCCACUGAAGCUCGGAGUGGAUGGUAGAAAGUACACGCUUUACCGUUGAGUACGUUUCCCAUAGUUGAGGCAAACUCACUGGAUUUUGUCCUCGUUUUUUACCGACACAUUAAUUUGCCUUCAGCGCGACACGUCAUUGGAGUUAGUUGGAGCAGUGAACCAGGAUGGGGAUGGUCCAGUUGUCAAUGUGAGCUCUGUCCAGGACCGGACGCUGUGUAGGAGUGCUGAGGGGCUUGACCUGUUGACCCUUAAACCUCUGAACUCUGACCGCUCCAGCUCAGGAUGGAGGAGCAGUCCAGCUGCCCCAAUGUCAGCAUUCCCUGCUACCCCAAUGUCAGCAUUCCCUGCUACCCCAAUGUCAGCAUUCCCUGCUACCCCAAUGUCAGCAUUCCCUGCUACCCCAAUGUCAGCAUUCCCUGCUACAAUGAGCAGAGGGACAAGAGGAAGCGCUACACUGUUUACAAAGUGAUGGUCAAUGUAGGAAGAUAUGAGUGGUUUGUCUUCAGGCGAUACGCAGAGUUUGACAAGCUCUACAACACAUUGAGGAAACAGUUUCCAUCUUUGAACUUGAAAAUCCCACCCAAGAGAAUAUUUGGGGACAACUUUGACCCAGAGUUUAUCAAGCAAAGAAGAACAGGUUUACAUGAGUUCAUUCAAAGACUGGUCUCACAUCCUCAGCUCAGAAACCAGCCUGAUGUCAGAGCAUUCCUGCAGAUGGACAAAUCUCAAAACUUCUCAGACCCAUCAGAAGACGAAGAUGACAAGAACUGCUCUACCUCCAGAAAUAUUAACCUGGGACCGUCUGGAAAUCCACAUGCAAAGCCCACAGACUUUGACUUUCUCAAAGUCAUUGGAAAGGGGAGCUUUGGAAAGGUUCUCCUUGCUAAACGGAAACUGGACGGAAAGUAUUACGCAAUCAAGGUCCUGCAGAAAAGGGUCAUCCUCAACAGGAGAGAGCAAAAACACAUCAUGGCGGAGCGCAAUGUGCUACUGAAGAACAUGAAACACCCUUUCCUGGUUGGCUUGCAUUAUUCCUUCCAGACCACUGACCAGUUGUACUUCGUCUUGGAUUUUGUCAACGGGGGAGAACUCUUCUUCCAUCUUCAAAAAGAACAGACCUUUCCGGAACCCAGAGCCAAGUUCUACAUCGCAGAAAUCGCAAGCGCACUGGGCUAUCUGCAUUCUCUUAAUAUAGUUUACAGGGAUUUGAAGCCAGAAAAUAUCCUUCUCGACUCUGAAGGACAUAUAGUUUUGACUGACUUCGGGUUGUGCAAGGAAGGCAUUUCCCAAGCCGAGACGACGAGCACAUUUUGUGGGACACCCGAGUACCUAGCUCCAGAGGUCCUGAGGAAACAACCAUAUGACAACACAGUGGACUGGUGGUGUCUGGGGUCAGUGCUCUAUGAAAUGCUCUUUGGCCUGCCGCCGUUCUACAGCAGAGACACCCAUGAGAUGUAUGACAACAUCCUUCACAAGCCCCUGAUGAUGCGUCCCGGAGCGUCAAACACGGCCUGGUCCCUCCUGCAGGCUCUACUGGAGAAGGAUGGCACACACAGACUGGGCUCCAGAGAUGAUUUUAAUGAGAUCAAAGCGCACUACUUCUUCUCACAGAUCAACUGGGAUGACCUGGAACAGAGGAAGGUUCGACCUCCAUUCACUCCCAAUGUGAAUUCUCCUCAUGACAUCACAAACUUUGAUCCAGAAUUCACAGGCGAGACUGUUACGAACUCUGUGUGCUAUACUGAAGAUUCCAUAGUCAACGCCAUCGUGAUGGAGGCUGACGAUGCCUUCCUAGGUUUCUCCUAUGCACCACCCUCAGAUGACUCCUUUCUAUGAAAGACUCUCUGUGAGUCCCUGCCCCAGAGUUCUGUGAAAUUGCCUUAACUCUGUGUUCUUCCAUCAUGUCCUGUUGAUCCACAGGGUAUGCAGGCUUUUGUUCCAACCCAGUAGAGCUUGUCAAUUAGUUGAAUCCUGUGUGUUAGUGCUGGGCUGGAAGGAAGGCCUGCCCACCCUGCUGGUCUCCAGGAUCAGGACUGAAGAACAGUGCCUUAACCUGUCCAGAUUCUUUUGAAUAAAAGGGAACUCAUACUGGAUGAACCUGUAAAGCGAGCAGAAGUUGUGAUCAGACAGCACUUAUGAAUAUGGUUUGGGCUGCAGUGUGUCAAGAAAUCUUUAUUUUUACCUAAUUAUAUUUAUAUAACAAUAUAUUUUUAAGAAAUGUAGGCCAUCUUUCUUGACGCGUAUUGUUUGUUGGCUUAUGUUGAUCCACAAAAAAGUGGUGUCAAUGUUGGUCCUUUUGGUUUGAAGAAAAGAUAAACAUUCAGUGUCUUCUCAGGAUGGGAUGGGUAAAACUAAUCCCCCAAAUAAAAUCCAAGUUUAGAACUAGAAUCUUUCAUUAAAACAAUAUCAAGGCAUUGUGCUCUCUCCACUUCUCUCUACAAAGCUACGGGAUGGUGCUGGAGAAAUGUAACCGAUUUCAAAUUCAUAGACCGCUAUGGAUACAAGGACUGACCAUCCAUGAUAUCAAAUGUAUAGUUUUGAGGCUAUACAGUGUUUUUUACAUUUACAUUGUUUACAAACUUAUUUUGGGUUCUAAUGGGUACAACAGGUGAACUAAGCUCAUGAGGCAUUCGUGAGUUGUAUUCUUCAAUAAUCAAUGGGUAUAUACAUUGAGUGGACAAAGCAUGAGGAACAUCUGCUCUUUUCAUUACAAACUGACCAGGUGAAUCAAGUUGAAAGCUAUGAUCUCUUGAGGUCACUUGUUAAAAUCCACUUCAAUCAGUGUAGAGGAAGGGGAGGCGACAGGUUAAAUGAUUUUUGGGCCUCGAGACAAUUGAGACAUGGAUUGUGUGCCAUUCAGAGGGUGAAUUGGCAAGACAACAUAUUUAAGUGCCUUUGAACGGGGUAUGGUAGUAGGUGCCAGGCGGACCGGUUUGAGUGUGUCAAGAACUACAACGCUACUGGGUUUUUCACGCUCAACUGUUUUCCGUGUGUAUCAAGAAUGGUCCACCACCCAAAGGACAUCCAGACAACUUUACAUGACUGUGGGAAGUGUUGGAGUCAACCUGGGCCAGCAUCCCUGUGGAACACUUGACACCUUGAUGAAUUGAAGCUGUUCUGAGGGGAGAAGGUGGUGCAAAUCAGUAUUAGGAAGGUGUUCUUAAUGUUUUGUACACAGUGUAUAUACCCAUUGAUUAUUGAAGAAUAUAACUCACAAAUGCCUCAUGAGCUUAGUUCACCUGUUGUACCCGUUAGAACCCAAAAUAAGUAUGGAGCAACUAAGGAUUCUAGCUUUAAAAGUGUAAGUGAGGAAUGAAACAACUUCCUCAGUCAUUUCUGUUCCACUUUAAAAACAUACUGUGGCCUUUAAUGAAAUGACAGUGAACAUAUUAUAUUGUCUCAGAAGAACAGCUGAAAGGAAUUGUGUUUUGUCUCUUCUCUCUUUAAAAGAUGGCUUAUGGUUCAUUUUUUUUCUCAAUGGGGGAAUACUUGAGAGGUCACUGAAUAGAGUCUUGUGUUGACAAAGGUCAUUUCAGUUCAUAUUUUGAUGAAGUUCAUAGACUUUUUCUGUGAUGGCUCCAUCCAUGACUUUACUUUGCAAACAGAUGCUGAGCCAUCUGAUAGCUAGAAAGCAAUGUUGGUUGCUUGCCUGUCUGUAUUAUAGCUUACAUCUCUUAAUCUUGCUUUAAUAUUACUCAAAUCCUCAACCACCAUCAUUUUGGGUUUUCACACAAUUUCUAGGUAUUGAGUGUGGUCAAGUCCUCAUAGUUCAAUAUAAUGCUUUAGAUGAGAAAUCCUGUACACAAAGUAAGUAUGAAACAACUAUGUAGUGUGUUUUAGGAUGUACAGUGUAUUCGGAAAGUAUUCAGACGCCUUGACUUUUUCCACAUUUUGUUACGUUACAGCCUUAUUCUAAAAUUGAUUAAAUAAAAAAUACCCCAUAAUAGCAAAGUGAAAAGUUUUUUUCUUUUUGACAUUUUUGCAAAUGUAUUAAAAAGAAAUAAACAGAAGUAUUCUGGCCCUUUGCAAUGAGACUCAAAAUUGAGCAUAGGUGCAUCCUGUUUCCAUUCAUCAUCCUUGAGCUGUUUCUACAUUGGAGUCCACUUGUGGUAAAUUCAAUUUUUUGGACAUGAUUUGGAAAGGCACACACCUGUCUAUAUAAGGUCCCACAGUUUACAGCGCUUGUCAGUAGAAACCAAGCCGUGAUGUUAAAGGAAUUGUCCAUAGAGCUCUGAGACGGUUGUAUCGAGGCACAGAUCUGGGGAAGGCUACCAAAACAUGUCUGCAGCAUUGAAGGUCCCCAAGAACACUGGCCUCCAUCAUUCUGAGCAAUCAGGGGAGAAGGGCCUUGGUCAGGGAGGUGACCAAGAACCCGAUGUUCACUCUGAAAGAGUUUAGAAUAAGGCUGUAAUGUAACGGAAUGUGGAAAAAGUCAAUGGGUCUGAAUACUUUCUGAAUGCACUGUAUAUAGAGAUGGGUGACUUGGCUGGUUGUCUUGUCUGUACUCUACAGACGCGCGCAGUUCUUCUGUUCAGGUGGCCGGCGGCUGCGACUGUCAGGUGCAGGUCCCGUGCAGGUCACGUGCACGGGACCUGCACGUGACCUGAACAGAAGAACUGUUCAGGUCUCUGUGGCUGAAAUCUGUAGGUAACUAGCUUAGCUAGUUUGUCAGUAACAGAAAAUUGAAAAUGUUUUCCUAUUGAAAGAGUCCGUUUUGUCUUUAGACAUUAGUGGAGCUCUUCAACUUGCUGAAAACUGCAAACCAUUCAACGGAAGUUUAGUGGUAGGCUAGCCAUCGAGAGCUUUCAAUGAGCUGUCAGUGUAGCUACUGGGAUUGCGUCAUGUGGUCCAGAGGGGGUAACCUAGGCAACCCUGUAUCCACGGGAAUGUGGUGACGUGAGAAGCAGACCUUCAUAGAUGACAGGAAGCUCUUAUGAUAAAUAACUGAUGGUUAUAUCUGUCCAAUUUGAUUUAGCUAUAUAUUAUAAAGUCAACUAAUAUCACCCAAAUUCAUAUUCCCUUCAGAUCCCUAGCAGAGUGAGGCUGUGUAUCUGUUCUGUAUCGGUGUGAACCCUUCUGACCUAAUGGAACUGGAUCCUAGAUUGGGUGACUGUGCUCUGUGACCCCUCAAAGCUACGGCACUAUUUCAGUCAGUAAGUCCAACACAUCUCCCAUUACCCUAUUCAAAUCUUGAAUUUGGAACAUAACCAAAUUGACGUUUUGUGUCACUCCCCAUGAGAUUUGUUGUCUCUCCCUCGUAGAGAAAAUACACACAAAGUCAGGCGAAUGUGAUCCUGAAGUUUACACACCUCCCUCCGUUCCCUGAGGACACCCUGGAUCUCUUGAGUUUCCCCGUGGUUCCAUGUGCUGGGAGGUGAGAAUGACGCCACUAAUUGGCUCUGUCCCUGAAUGAUCUCUGAUGAAGUAGCCUCACAUGCCGUGCUUACAUGUAGCUGUUGUUUAAAUACAAUACGGUUUUGAAACCGACAAGCAUCUGGUAGAGCUUAUCCAUGUCAAAGCACUGGAUGUCCUGAAAGUCCAUCCUCCCAGGCCCUCAGGUACCAGUCUGCCACCCUGUUUCUCAGAGGUAGGUUCACAUUCUGGUAAAUGUAUCAUAAUGGUAAUUUUGCCCAAACAUUUUGUAAUGUACACGUACAGCCCAGUACAUCACUGGGGCCAAGCUUCCUGCCAUCCAGGACCUAUAUACGAGGCGGUGUAAAAGGAAAGCCCCAAUGUUGACAUUGACCCCCCCCCCCUUGUUUUUACACUGCUGCUACUCGCUGUUUAUCUAUGCAGUCACUUUACCCUUACCUACAUGUACAAAUGACCUUGACUAACCUGUACCUCUGCACAUUGACUUGGUACCGGUACCCCCUGUAUAUAGCAUCUUUAUUGUUCUACUUUUCUGUUGACACUUUCGUUUAUUUAUUAAAUAUUUUCUUAACUCCA